AUGAGCGAAAACAAUCAUCAUGCGCCAGCAGACACCAUUAUCAGCCCGUGUCUGACACCAGACUCUCAACCUCAGCCCCAACAAGAACAUGCGAGCACAAAGACAGCCCGAAUCCCUUCUAGGAAACGUGGGCGACCGCGCAAAGUCAUUGAAGCCUGGUUAGAGAAAAACAAGAAAGAGCGGCGACGGACACAAGUGCGCCUGGCGCAAAGGGCUUAUCGCUCCCGUAAAGAAGCCGGUGUUGAAGUUCUAAACAAGCGUGUGGCACAGUUGGAGGCUGCAGCACAGAAAAUGAGCGAGUCGGUGAUCAGAUUGAGUGAUAUCUUGCUGCAAUCCCGGGUUCUCACCUCACACCCUGAGCUCACUGAGCAUCUGCGUGAGACGGUACAGAUAUGUCUAUCUUCAGCGAAGGACCUCGGGGAUGAGGGUAGUCUGAACAAUGUCACGCAUGACGAAAGAUCUCGCCUUUCUUCUUUUGCGCCAACAUCGCGAAGUCUGCUUGACCUGUCCGAGGACGGAAGCCCUGGGCCGCUUAACAUUCAGCCUUCAGCAUCCCUUUUGAGGCAUCAUCCUAGCAGUCUAUUCUUUUUCAAACCGGGCGAUGUCGCUGUGAUGGAAGUAUCCGACUUCAUAGAACAACUAAGGAUUGCUUGUCUUUAUGAGGGACUUCUGAUACUCGACAAUUCGUCUGUCCCUUUAACUACCCUCAAAAGACCGUUUCGGCUACUUUUAUCUCUUUUUACUAGGGCAAGUAUCACAUCUGUCUUCAGAAGCGCCUUGCAUGCUCGGCUAAACAAAAAGUCGUACAUGAGCUUUAAAGAGGUCCCGUCUUGCCUAUCCAGUCACCUUGAGCAACUAUCAGCUCUAAGCCAAACGACGGAAUAUCAGUCAGCUCUUGACCAACCACAGUCGAUAAGUAAUAGUCCAUUACCCAGCUUCGACCCGCAGACUCUGAGAGAAAUCGGGGGCGAUUGGUUUGACGUCCAGGAAUUAGCGAACUACUUGCACGAAAGGGAUGCGCGCCUGUUCGUUCGGCCCCCGAAAAAUAUGGGGAGCUCCCCUCUCAAUCGGUGGUCACGCCCGAGCUUUGAUAGUUACGCUAGUAAGCAAUGCAAUGUGCCUCGGCCACAGUCCUGGUUUUCGGCGUAG